UACACCUAGGGCAGCGGAGAGAGAGAUGAAAACAGUUGCGGUGGGAAGCGCUGAGGAACAGUGGAAUAUCACUUAAACAACAAACAAACAAACAAUCAAAGGACAAUAACCCUGGAGGAGUCAGAGCCAGAGACCACACAGCACGAGCAUGAGGCCAUGAUGAGCUGUGCUCAGGCUGGAUCGGAGGACAUCUCUGCCAAUGCCAGUGCUGAUGUUAACACCAGCCUCAACGGCACCACCAACGAUGAGCUGGAGUGCAAAAUCUGCUACCAGCGAUUUAAUGCGCACAGCCGCAGGCCCAAGAUUCUGGACUGCCUGCACCGCGUGUGUGCCAGAUGCCUCAAUAAAAUCCUGGACAUGGGCGAUGGCUCCAGCUCCAUCAGCUGCCCGUUCUGCCGUCACGAAACACAGGUAAGCGAGUUCGAAGUGGCCGGACUCCCAGAUGACUCAAACAUCAUGUCCCGUCUGGCGGUGCGGGACAAGUCGUGGAGCUCGGACCACAGUAAGGAGGUAGUGCUGACACCCAAGAGCCUUUCCUCCAAUGAGAGCCCCUCCCACGACUCUUCAAACUGUCUGGUCAUCACUAUAAUGGAGGUACAGCGGGACCAGCAACGUUCGCCCAGCCAAAAUGGUAGUUCUGAUUACUACGGCGACCACAGUCAAGACUCUGUCUCUGUAGCAUCCAACAGUGGCACGGUGGACCAAGACGCACUUUCCAAGUUCUGUAAUCAUGUGCCGCGGGUCCUGGUGUGGCUGUUGGGAUUUUUCUACUUUGGUUCGUUGCCGCUUGGCAUCUACUUGCUAGUGAUUCAGAGAGUGACUCUGGGAAUUGUGUGUGUGAGCUUGGUGCCGUCAAGUCUCACAGUCUGUCUGGUCUACGGCUUUUGCCAGUGUCUGUGCCAGGGCAUGUGCGAUUGCUCCAACAGGGGGUGACUGGAAUGAAGUACACCAAUGAAAAACCACAAGCUUCUUCAUCUUACCACACUGAGAGGAGAUAAGAAAAAACACUCUACAUCAGAAUAGUCCCUGAAACUCCUUGCUCCGAAAUGCAAGUGGUGCAAUCUGGCUUUAAAAGGGAUGUGCACAAGCAGCUUUGAAAAGAGGAUGGUCAAUUAUUAAAUAGAAAGGUCAAACUGGAGGGCAAACUAUUAGCUUAAACAGUCUCUGCACACACCCUUCAAGCUCAGACACUGGGAAGUAAACAUCUGACCCAAAAUAUUUUCAAUGGAGAUCUGAAUGUGAAACGCAGGUAAGAGUUUAUCAAAGAAGAGUUGAAGGAAGCUUAAUGUGUAUUGCAAAGCAGAACAGAUGGUCCAUAAAAAUAGUUUUACAGUGGAUAAUUCUCAUUGCUAUGAAAUAUACCACACAUCCUGAUUCACUCAGUCACCAUAAGGCUCAAUGAGCAGAACUGGUUUGAGACUGAUCAAAUGUGUCUGGUUAAAGACUGUUAGGUAUUGCAAAAUGAAGGUGUGGGAAUCCAUUAGGGUUAGAAGGA